AUGAAGACAACGUAUUUUCUUGCGUGUGCUUUUCUGGCACUCGUUUGCACCGAAGCAGGCAAACAAUGUACUGAUACCAGUGAAUGUGAAGAAGGUGAAUGCUGUCAAAUUCCAAACGAAUAUCUUGUGGUGAGCAGAAAAAGGGCUGACAAAGGAACAUGUGAGAGAUACACUCUGGAAGACGGCAGCUGCGGUAUCUAUGAUAAGAUCAACGGCUUCUGUAGCUGUGCGCCUGGUCUGAAGUGCACAGGUUUCGAAAUACCAAUAAUAAAGAAAUCGGUAGGAGUGGCCAAGAAAUCACUCCUUCCUGCAAAACCUGGCUACACUUGGCUCUUCAAAUGUGCCAAACCAACUGAGACUUCACAGCUGCAGCCAUCCUUCUAG